AUGAUGAUGAUGACGCCAGCCAGCCGACAAGUCCUUAAGAUCUUUUUGUUAUUUGUAGUGUGCAAUGCGGUAAGUUCCUUCCUUGUUCCUUUUCAUUUCCUUCUAUAACUUUUCUAUAGAGCAAUGAUAAAACUCCAUCGCUCAAUGAAAUAAAAAAUCUGCGCAACACUGACCUAGAUGAAAUAUUCGGAGCGACUAUGAACAAGACACCUCCACCAGACUACCCGGAUAUGGGUCCGCCGCCUACUGGAGAAAUUGGAGAACAGUCAGGCCCAAUAGGACGGUAUAAUCGAGGUCCCAGUGGUCCCAGAGAGCUUCCUAUCAACCACGGACAUGCACUGGCGCCGCCUCCUGGAAUGCAGACGAAUGCAGCGGAACUCCAGCAGCUAGCAGCACAGGGAGCUAAUGUGUUUGCCACUGGAGCUACUGCUUUUUACAGGCGAGUGUUUUUCCAUUCGUUAACAUCAGUUUCAUCUGUAGUUAUCUGUUUUCUAAGUAGGUAACAACUGGUUUGUAUGACCAGCCCCAAGAUUAUUGCACUGAAAUUACUUCCGUGUACUUUUUGUGGACAAUACAGAAAGCAAAUUUUCACCUUGUAAUGCUGAAAAAUAGUUAUAUUUAUGACAAAAAUCAUAUCUUUUCUAAACUUCAAUGCUCACAUUUUCAGAGGAGCUGCAUCAGUGGGUGAAGCUUUCGGCAUUCCGGUGGGUAACUAUCAGGUUCCUCUGUUCUCUCAAGCGGCUUCUCUCUUCGGAUGA